AUGCGUGAAAUCGACUUCAACAACCGUCCGGUAAUCAGGAGCCAGACUCUGCAGUUCGUUCUGGAUGUUCCGCUUGUGGCUCAGGCGCUCGGCUUUGUGCAGAACAUCUUGAACAAUCACCCGAUUCUUCAGCGUGUGGUAGAUCUGUAUGAAUGCCUCUUCAUUCGCAUCCUUGCGUUUGCUAUGCCGCUUUUGAAUAGGGUCAACAAGCCUCUCAAGCAGGCUGACGACUAUGCCGUCCAGACGCUAAAGUUUGUCAAGGGCAAAGUUCCGUACCCCUUUGAGGCUUCAUGGAGCGAUCUGUAUGCCAGGGGCAAGGGUAAUAUUAACCAGGCUCAUCAGAUGUCACAGGACAUCUACGAGAGCCAUAUCAAGGCACCAGCCAAGUCAAUCUACGAACAGACUGGCAAGGCCGUGGAGCAGCUACAGCAGAACGAGAAUGCGUAUGUUCAGAAGACAGGCUCGACUAUUGCUGCUUUGCACGAGAAGUUCCUCGGUCUGUCGAAGGAAAUGUCAGACAAGACAUCGCAGGAAGUGGCCGAGGGCGAAAAGAAAGCUUCAGGCAUGGUCAAUGGCCUGCUUUCGGAGAUCGAAGGUCUCGAGAAGUUUGCCACGACGCUUCCAGCCGAGGCUCAGAAACGCCUUGAACCCUAUGUGAAUGUUCUGAGCUCGACGUACAAGGAUCUCUCGAAAGAGGCAGUUGACAACAAGGUGCCGAUUCGUGAGCGUCUCAACAAAGCCGCCUCAUACCUGCAGAAUAACACUCUCCCGGAGCUGCAGAAUGUUAUUUCAACUGCGCUCAAGUCGGACAAAAAGUCUGACUAG